UCUCCACCUCCGGUUUCUCAAAGAACCGAAGCGGGCCCCUCGCUUUUUCCCCCGAAAUCAAGAGAAGUCCUCGGCCGCGAGGGCUUCUGAGCUUCGCCCUCUGGAUUCGCCCCCCCUCUUCUCCAUCUUGCUCUUAUAAUCCGCCAUCAAAACCCUCUCCUUCGCUGUCUCUGCGCUGCUCUCGGUCGCUCUCAUGGCUUCGGGGUCGCAGUUGGAAGCGAUUAAGGGGGCGAAGGUGCUGAUGGUGGGGGCCGGCGGAAUUGGCUGCGAGCUCCUCAAAACCCUCGCUCUCUCCGGUUUUCAGGAUAUUCACAUUAUUGAUAUGGACACUAUUGAAGUCAGUAACCUAAAUAGACAAUUUUUAUUUCGACAGUGUCAUGUGGGGCAAUCUAAGGCUAAAGUUGCUCGAGACGCUGUCCUAAAAUUUAGGCCUCACAUCAAUAUAACACCAUACCAUGCAAAUGUCAAGGAUCCUGAAUUCAAUGUGGAAUUUUUUAAGCAAUUUAAUGUGGUUUUGAAUGGUCUUGAUAACUUAGAUGCUAGACGACAUGUUAACCGCCUUUGCUUGGCUGCUGAAGUUCCUUUGGUUGAAAGUGGAACCACAGGGUUUCUGGGGCAGGUCACUGUCCAUGUCAAGGGUAAAACAGAGUGCUAUGAAUGCCAACCAAAACCAACCCCGAAGACCUAUCCUGUUUGCACCAUCACCAGCACUCCUUCAAAGUUUGUUCACUGCAUUGUUUGGGCAAAGGACCUGCUUUUUGCGAAGUUGUUUGGUGAUAAAAAUCAGGAGAAUGAUCUUAAUGUGCGUUCCAAUGAUGGCACCAAUUUAACAGCUCCUACAGAAGAUGUGUUUGAGCGAAGGACAGAUGAGGAUCCUGAACAGUAUGCUCGUAAAAUUUAUGAUCAUGUUUUCGGUUAUAACAUUGAAAUUGCAUUAGCUAAUGAAGAAACAUGGAAGAAUAGAAACAAACCUAGGCCUCUUUAUGUCAGAGAUGUAUUGCCAGACAACCUUAUCCAGCAAAAUGGAAGUUUGGAAAACUGUGUGACUGAGGAGUCAGUGGUGUCUUCUAUGUUGUCUCUUGGUCUAAAGAAUCCUCAGGAUAUUUGGAGUCUUUCUGAGAAUUCAAGGAUCUUUUUGGAGGCCUUGAGAUUAUUUAUUGAAAAACGACAGAAGGAUGUUGGGAAUCUGACUUUUGACAAAGAUGACCAAUUGGCUGUAGAAUUUGUGACUGCUGCAGCAAAUAUCAGGGCAUCUUCUUUUGGAAUUUCUUUGCAUAGUCUUUUUGAAGCUAAAGGUAUUGCUGGCAAUAUUGUUCAUGCUGUGGCAACAACAAAUGCUAUUAUUGCUGGUUUGAUAGUAAUUGAAGCAAUCAAGAUUCUCCAGGGUGAUUUUGAGAACUGCAGGAUGACAUAUUGUCUUGAACACCCAUCAAGAAAGAUGCUUUUAAUGCCAGUACAGCCAUUUGAGGCUAAUAAAUCAUGUUAUGUCUGUUCUGAGACACCCCUAAUUCUGGAGAUAAACACUCGAACCUCAAAGUUACGGGACUUUGUUGAGAAGAUAGCAAAAAACAAACUGGGCAUGAAUUCACCAAUGAUAAUGCAUGGCUCAACUCUCAUUUUUGAGGCUGGUGAUGAUUUAGAAGAAGAUGUUGCUGCCAAUUAUGCUUUGAACAUUGACAAGGCCUUAGCAGAACUUCCUGCUCCAGUUACCAGUGGGACUGUGCUCACAGUUGAGGAUCUUCGGCAGGAAUUGUCAUGCAAUAUAAACAUCAAGCACAGGGAGGAGUUUGAUGAGGAGAAAGAACCUGAUGGGUUGGUCUUGGUUGGAUGGAUAGCUCCUACCCAGAAAGACACUCGGCUUGUAAGCAAUGGCGAGAGUACAUCGACUGCACAUCCAGCUGUCACAGAAAUGGUAGAGAAUUCUGAUGAGGUUGGGAUAGCUCCAGCAAAACCUGGGACAAAGAGAAAACUAUCUGAAAUGUCAGAAAUAACAGACAAUGUUCAUGAUAUCACGCCUCGUUCAAGCCGUGAUGUCAAUGAUCAAGUAAAUCCUCAAGAAGUUGAGGACGACAAUGACGAUGUUGACGACGACAUUGUUAUACUUGAUGAGAACCCUGAAACAAGGAAGAAGAAGAGAUUACAGUAGCAUCUGUGCCAAUUAUUUCAAAUGACACGUCUUAUUCCAACCUGCUGCCAGUAAUCCAUUAACUGCUCUUGACCUGAUAGGAUUCUAAAUAUCAUCACUAACACAUCGUUCCAGGUGCAACAUCAAUGUAUUUAAUUGCUCAAAGAAAGUCCAUGGAGAUGGAAGUUCUUGUUUAAAAGCAUGGCAUAGAGAACGCGCCUCCACGGAGCUUUGGCAAGCAGAGCUGGACCGAUGAUAUUGAUUUUUUUUCUUUUGACAUUUUCAUUGGAGCAUGAAGAGCUGUUUUUUUUUAUGUGUAACAUGUUAACUCUUGUAACUUUGUAACUAAUUAAAUUAUGUUUUUGCAGUUCCAUUUAGGUGUAAUCAAACAGUUAAAAAUGUGGGAUUAGGUACUUGUAAGUUACAUUGGCUGUUAUAUUAUUAUCAUGUUGCCUGACAAAGAGAAAAGCUCAAAAAAAUCA